AUCCGUUUUCCAGUUUAACUCAUUUCUGCCCGAACCGACCUACGGUACUGCGGUUUCCAGCUCCUGUCGUCGUCGGCAAGAAAUCGCUGGAGAUUGGCGUUGUUGAUCUGCGAAACGAUAUUUCCUAAUUUUUGAAGAAAUGUAUGAUAAUCUUGGUGCACAACCUGGAAUACCCAGACAAGCACCUAAUGCACAGCCAAAUCCUUUUGGCAAUGCAUUUUAUGGUGCGAGUUCCGGUUUCAUUAAAGGUGGGCUGGGUGCCUAUGGGGAGAAAAUCUUAGGUUCUAGCUCUGAAUAUGUGCAAAGCAAUCAGAUCAGCAGGUACUUUUCCGACCCUCAAUACUAUUUCCAAGUAAACGACCAUUAUGUGAAGAAUAAGUUAAAGGUCGUCCUUUUCCCCUUUUUGCACAGGGGCCAUUGGACAAGAAUCACAGAACCCGUUGGCGGGAGGCUCUCUUACAAGCCCCCUAUCUACGACAUAAAUGCUCCAGACUUGUACAUUCCCUUCAUGGCAUUCGGCACCUACAUAGUUCUUGCUGGCUUAUCAUUAGGUCUUCAUGGAAAGUUUAGCCCCGAGGCUCUCAACUGGCUCUUUGUCAAGGGAGUUGUCGGCUGGACCUUCCAAGUGGCUCUGUUGAAGAUGACAUUGUUCUCGUUGGGCAGUGGUGAGGCUCCUCUACUCGACAUUGUGUCAUACGCCGGAUAUACCUUCACGGGAUUAUCUUUAGCUGUUCUGGGGAAAUUAGUAUGGGGUUAUUCGUACUAUUUUCUUCUGCCGUGGACGUGCCUAUGCAUGGGAAUAUUCCUCGUGAAGACUAUGAAAAGAGUUCUGUUCGCAGAAGUGAGGAGCUACGACUCCAGCAGGCAUCAUUACCUUCUCCUCUUCAUCGCAUUGGCUCAGUUCCCGUUGCUCAUCUGGCUCGGCAACGUCAGCCUGAAUUGGCUGUUUUAAACUCGCGGCAUUUCGAUGAGAAGUGAAGGUCAGUGUUAAUAUGAGCAAAUUUAACAGUAUGUUUUGUGGCCAGUCAGGGCUUUGUUUCUUGUUGUUGGUUUGGUGUAUUGAUAUUUUCUUCAUAUAUUAUUACAUCUUCUUUCUUAGCUCCACUAAUGUUGAAUAGAUUUGUGAUUUUGUCA